AUGUCCGAGGUUCUCUUCACCAAAGAACGUCACAUUAAGUACUUCCUCCGAUGCCUCAAAACAUUCUUGCCAGGACCAUACACCUCCAAUGACUCCAAUCGCAUGCUUCUUGCAUUCUUCGCCGUCGCCGGAGUAGACCUCCUCGACUCCCUACAGUCCAAGACAACUACGGAGGAAAGAGAAGGCUAUAUUGAAUGGAUAUAUCACUGCCAGGUCCCGUCGGGUGGUUUUCGCGGAUUCACAGGAACAGACUUCGGGACAGAGAGACGGAACACGGAUAACGAGGCCUGGGAUCCAGCCAACGUCCCGUCGACAUUUUUUGCCUUGGUUAUCCUUCUCAUUUUAGGCGAUGACCUCUCCCGAGUGAAGAGGAUGGAGUGUCUACAAUGGCUUCCCCAAAUGCAGCGACAAAACGGCAGCUUUGGUGAGGUGCUUGGGCCCGAGAAUAAAAUUGAGGGUGGAGGUGAUUUGCGAUUUUGCUGUUUCGCAGCCGGUACGCGGUAUAUACUUAGAGGGAGAGACACAGACGGUCUCAAUGGCAUUCAGGAUAUAGAUGUGGAGAAGCUAGUGGUCUUUAUUGAGUCUUGUCAGGUGAGAAAGACGCUCCUUCAUGUCUCUCGAGGUACAUAUGAUGGGGGAAUGGCAGAAGGGCCAUAUUGUGAAUCGCAUUCCGGUCAUACCUAUUGUGCAAUUGGUGCCUUGACCUUUCUCGAUCGUCUCUCUGACGGGUCCAAGAGGCCAUCUCUCCUAUCCCCGGGCUCUAAGCGAUAUGAGUCUCUAGUACGCUGGCUAGUCGCCAGACAAACAACUGAACUAGGGGACGAGGAUGAGGACGAAGCGGACGAAUCAAUCGAUAACGAGACCCGAGAUUUAACCCGAGCCGUAGAAGGGCUCAGUGUAGAGGAGAAGAUUGAUAAGCUUCUAUAUCUACAACCACCAACCGCAGAGUCCUUGCAAUGGGCCGGGUUUAAUGGGCGGUGCAACAAAUACGCUGACACCUGUUAUUCAUUCUGGAAUACAGCCACUUUAGCCAUGUUAGGCAGAUUGUCACUAGUUGACGCGGUUGCGAAUCGACGAUAUUUGCUUGGAAGGACACAGCAUCUUGUUGGGGGGUUUGGAAAGGGUGUUGGAGAGCCACCAGAUCUUCUACACUCCUAUUUUGGAAUGGUGUCACUGGCCUUCCAGGGUGAGCACGGACUGGAUAGCAUUGACCCUGCACUUUGUGCGACUGAUCGGACCGUCCAAAAUUUGCAUUCUCUCCCGUGGUGGCGAGAAAGGGAUUGAUUUAGUAUUAUACGUAUGACGCCUGCAUGCUUUAUAUACCCAAUUUUUUUUUAGUAUUUUCUAAGCUUACCCUGUAUAUUGAAGAAGUGUUGUAUCAUAGGAGGAAGAAAAAAAAAGCCCCAU